AAAGCGCUCUGAUGUUUACAUGGAAAGCUAAAUAAUGGUCACGAAUAUUUACCUGAAAAGAAUAUAAUUACUUAUUUUUGUAUUAAUAAUUACUAAUCAUUAUGCCGCUAAGUUCAGAAUUUGAUUCUGUACAAUCUGAUUUUAUAAUAAUAAUUCAUCCUGGUUCAUUUUAUCUAAGAAUAGGACGGGCGUCGGAUAUUAAUCCGUUCAAGCUUUUACAUGUAGUUGCUAGAAAACGAAAAACUCCUGGGCUUAUCCAUCAAGAUCAAUUUUUGCCGACAUGUAUAGUUAAAUCUAAAGCUGCUCUUCAAGAAGUUGAAGAAUCACGUCUACAAGUUUCACAUACUUUGCAAUCAUGCAUUCAGUCAGAUGGUACACGAAGAUAUGCCACACCUCCUCAACAAAUUGCAGCAUUUAAUAGAAGAUCACAACCAGAAGAAUUAUCUGGCACAAUAAAUCCUUUGUUUAUUCCCGAAGGUGACACUAUUAUUGGCGAUGAGGUAGCAAAUUUAACAAGUGAUAGUGACUAUAACAUUCAUUUUCCAAUGAAAAAUGGAGAAUUGAAUCUUCAUAGCAAUAUUGGUGGUUCCAUCACUGGAGCAAUAGCAAAUAUGAAAACUAUUUGGGAAUAUGCAUUAACAAAGCUUCUAAAAAUUGAUAGCAAAGAUUUACAUAAAUAUAAAGCUGUACUAGUUAUACCUGAUAUUCAUCAUAGAGGCCAUCUUCGAGAGUUAACAAAUUUACUAUUAAACGAAUUAGGAUUUCAAAGCUGUUUUUUGGUGCAGGAUCAUUCAGCAGCCACAUUUGGAGCUGGAUUACCGUAUGCUUGUGUUGUUGACGUUGGUGAUCAGAAAACAUCCAUAUCUUGUGUAGAGGAUUGUAUCUCACAACCAAACACUAGGAUUCGAUUACCCUAUGGAGGUGCACAUAUUACACAAACUUUUUAUUGGUUAUUACAAAAAUGUGCUUUUCCAUAUAAGGAAUGUUCAGAUAAGCUUCCACGAGAUGCAGUGCUCUUGCAGAAACUUAAAGAAGAGUUUUGCCAUGUUAAUUUAGACAUAUGUGGUUCACAAGAGAAAUCAUUCAUAAUUAGUGAACCAAGCAAGGCAUCAAAAAAAUAUAUUUUACAGGUUGGCGAUGAAUGUUUAGUUGCACCAUUAAGCUUUUUUAAUACUGAACUACUAGGGGUGACCGGGCCAUGUGGUAUAAGAACUCAAUCAUCUUUUCCACAAAAUGAUGCUGAAGAUUGUUUUGAUGCUGAAUAUUUAAGAGAAACUGGUAGAAAAGGUACAAAAGACAACAAUGAUACCGCUGUUGCCGACGUUCAAUGUGAUAUUGCAACUGAGAAGGAAGAAGAUAUUGUAGUAGACUGUGGUUUAGAUGGUGAGAAAGAAAUAAAAGUACUUGACAAAGAUUUCCAAGUUUUACCAGGACAAAUUUUGGGUCUGGACCAAGCCAUUCUGCAAAGUAUUGAUAGAUGCUCAGAAGAAUUAAAGAGGAAAAUGUAUUCAUGCAUUUUGAUUGUUGGGGGUGGAAUGAAGUUUUGUGGUAUAGAUAACUGGUUACAGAAUCGACUAUCUCUUCAGGUUCCCUUUGCAUAUAGAUCUGAUCAAAUAGACAUUAUUUCGAGAGCAAAAGAAAUGGACCCUGAAAUUACAGCAUGGAAGGGGGCGGCCGUAAUGUCUUGCUUGGAAAGUUCUCCAGAACUAUGGCUAUCACAAACGGAGUGGAGAAUGUUCGGACUCAAAGCUCUGAAAGAAAAAGCCCUUUUCAGUUGUUGAAAGUUGUAUAAUAAA